AUGUUCAAGAUUGUUGGCUGCUCCUUGCUAAUGUUGGCGCUCCUUGGCCAAAGCUAUGCGCAGUAUCAACAGCCAGGUGCAGGUGGUGCGGUUGGUGGAGCUGGAGGAGCCGGCUCACCUGGCGCCGUCGAUAAUCGCAUUAUCGGUGGCUUGGGUGGUGGCUUAUUGGGCGGCGGCGGCGGCGGCUACCCCGGUGGCUAUGGCGGUGGUUAUGGUGGCUAUCCUGGCGGCUAUCCUGGUGGCUAUCCUGGCGGCUAUCCCGGCUAUGGCGGCGGCUUUGCUCCUGGCUACGGCGGCGGCUACUACGGCUAA